AUGUUCAAACGGAAGGUGUACUGCAAGUUAUUUUUGGUUUCUGGAGCGAUUUGUAUCAUAUACGGCUUAAUCUGGCAAAAAUCAGCUUUGAAAAACCGUUAUGACCUCACAAUUCAGAAGGACGAAUCACAUAUCCAUGUGACAACUAACUCUUCACCGAUGAAUGAAAAACCUUCGAACGAAGAGCAAACACUUCAAAAGGAGGAAUUACGUAUCCAUGUAAUCACUAACUUUCCGCUGAUGAGUGAAAAACCCUGGAACGAAGGCCAAACAGAAACCAACAGAUCCAGACUAUGGCAACGACAGGAAGAACUAGAAGAAACAUUACAGAAAAAUCUCAACCACACUUUAGUCACAACUGUUCAUCUUCUCGUUAAUCAACCAUUAGCCGAACAAAGAUUGAGCGAACAAAAUUUUCACAACAAACACAAAAUAUUUGUACAUCACAUCAACGCCUUGCGGAAAUACAGAGAUUUCUUCGAUUACGUAAACAACAGACUCCAAAAUCAGCUUGUGGUUAUGAUGAACAUGGAUAUUUAUAUUGGCGAAGGAUUUGAAAUGAUAAACAAAACAUUUAUAGUAAAAACUAAAACAUCUUACGUCUUGACACGCCAUGGACGUCAGGAAAAAAGAUGCAAUAUGGGCGGAAAACUUGGAUAUUGUGAAGUAAGCUAUUUCGGUUUACACGAUGCCUACAUUUUUGUGCUUGCACAACCUUUAGACGAGUCUGUCCUGGCAGAGUUGGAUUAUGAUAUGAAUGUCCUUGGAGCGGAAAACAAACUGAUUUGGGUAUUAAGGAACAAGAUGAAAAGGAGACUUCUCAAUCCGUGUAAAUACUUAAAGACCUACCACAACCACUGUGUUGGUAUACAUGGUAGUGUAAGACCACGGAUAAAUGAGGAUAUCGCUUGGAAGGAUGGUGGGGUGGAACCUG